ACACUGCAUUCACGCAUAUUUAGAUAGUUUUCGUUGAAUAAACGUUUAGAAAGAAAAGAUAAAAUUAAAGAAGAAAUUAAAGAAAAACGUUAGAAAAAAGUGCCUAUUUUAUGUGUGGAUCAUUACGAAAGGCCAAGCAAACUGUUUCUACUCCUCUACGGUUAAACGCGCCUCAACUCUCGCGAAGAGAUAAUGAAUGCCGAUUUGUAUCAGCGUAUUAGUGCCACUCGUUCUCUUCUACUCAUGGUUGGUUUAUGGCCUUAUUAUCAAUCAAAGUUCACUCAAAUUCAACGACUGUUAAUCUUUAGUAUUUUAUCGAGCUUUAUUGCAUUUCAGUUUACAACGGUUGUGACUGCAGAAUGCACUCCUUACUUCAUGAUUAAACUUUUUUCAUCAGUGUUAAUUUUUAUUGUCUGCUUAUUAAUGUAUAGCUCCUUCUGGUUUCAUAUCUCGAAUGUAAAGUAUUUACUGGAAAAAAUUCAGUAUAUUUGUUACUACCUCAAAGAUGAAAACGAAAUCUCUAUUAUUAACAAAUACGCGUCCAGCGCAGAACGUAACUCAACUAGAAUUAUACGUAAGAUAAAGUUUGAUGUUUUUUAAUACACACUGCCAAGUAAAAUAGGCAAAAUUUUUGACAAAUAUUG